UUCAUCUAUUAUUGGAUUUGUUUUAAUGCAGAAAUCUUUCUUUAAAUUUAAAAUGUUUAUGUUUUGGUCCCCCUUUUAAUUGCUGUAUUAAUGGUUAAUAACUUGUUUAUGAAUGCUUUGUAUAUAUAAGCCAUUAGUAAGAAAGAAAACACUUGUUUUGUCUUUUUAGCUCUUCAAUUCAUCAGAAAGAGCACUAAAUGCAGCGUUCAAACACGUACCUUACCUUCUGAAGAAAAAAAACAGAUGUAAAGCAUUUAUACCAAAAUGCAUUGAUUAAUAUUUAGUUUUUAAUAUAAUAUAUAUUUCAUGAAAAAAAAAAGUCGUAAAAAAGCCAUAGUAUAGUAUGUCGAAAAUAUUAUUUAUGAACAGGCUUCUCAUUUUGUGUCCUCCCGCUCAGGUGAGUUUUUGUUGUGGUUACAUAAAAUAAAAACAAUCAAAUAUUGAAGUUAAAAGCAGAGUCGACACUGAGGUCAUGACCUUGAUAUUUUCAGUCAUGACCUCAGAAUAUGUAGAAUUCUGGGUACAGCUCUGGUAUAAACUGUCAUGAAGGAUGAGGAAUUUACAUCAAUGUGUGGUGUAUUUGACUCAACAACCCUGCCACGAUACAACAGGGAAGCUAUUUUAUCUUUUUGUCUGUUUGUCUCUGCAGAAACAUUCCAACCCCAAGUUGUUCCCGGGGGACAUCGUGGAGUAUCCCAGGAACAAGUACUUCUCUCAUUUCGCUGUGUACUACGGAGAGCGGGACGGCGUUCCCUACGUUGCUCACCUGACAUGUCGAGAUUCAGACUCCAAGCUGCCGCUCUUUGGCCGAGCUCUGAGGUCAGAGGUCAAACUGGAUCCACUGGAGCUGCUGGGGAAAAAAUACAAGGUCAGCAACAUGUUGGACGACUCGUUCUCGGCCAGAGACUUCCACGGCGUGGUGAAGCCGGCCAUCGACGACUUGAUGGGGCGCGAGGUGACGUUCGAUAUCCUGUUUCAUAACAGCGAGCACCAGGCGACGCUCCUUAGAUACGGAGUCAAGAAGUCUGAACAGAUAGAGAGGAUUUAUGAACACAUCAUGCCGGCCUGGAAGAAGCUGUUUGAGGAGAAAAAACUGUGAAAACUGCUUUAUGUUCAGUUCCCAUCUCGACCACAGGAGGGCGACAUCGUUCUCCUGAUUUCAAGAAGAAGGUUACGUGAUUAAGAGAAAAAGACAUAUUUUUUUAAUAAUAAUUCAAGAAAAAGUUUGCGUAUAUAUAGGAAAAUAAAUGUUUGGAUUGGGUGGAUUAGUUGCUAAUGUUAAACUUUAUUUCCAGAAUAAUUCAACUGGGUAUUAGUGCUACUGUUGAGAAAAAAUGUAAAAGUAAUGAUUCUGAGAAAAGGUCAUAUUACAAGAAAAAGUCGUAAUAUUUUACAUAAAUUAAUUUGACAAGAAAAGGAUAAAGUCAUGAUUUAACAAGAUAAUCUCUGUAUAUAUUGUGACUUUUUUCUCAAAAUAUUUAGACUGUAUUGUAGAAAUCCUAAAUAUCCACAUCUUUGUCCUUUUUAGGAUUUUAUUUUAUAUGUUCCUCUGUAAUUUUUGCAUGUAUUUGUAAUUGCUGCAUAUUUAAUCAAAUUGUUUUCAGCCAAAGAUAAAUGCUGCCUGCUAAACUUUGAACUAAAGAAGCUAUAGUUCAUAAUUAAACAACUUCUUGGUUU